GGCGGCACCAUUCACUUUGCCUGAAAGCCACUGCUGUUGGUUCCUGAGAUGAUCUCAUCGGAAUAUGGCUCCAAGGACUCAGCGGCAGGAACUGGAGGCAGCUUGCUUUCUGCCGAGGCAAUGUUUUGAAACAGGCAAAAUCAGAUUUUAUCAUGUGGGCAAGCUGUUGCAACUGGUUCUGCGUGGAUGGACAGCCUGAGGAGGCCGCACCACCCCAGGGAGCCAGGGCGCAGGCCUAUUCCAAUCCUGGGUACAGCUCCUUUCCUUCCCCAACAGGCUCGGAACCAAGCUGUAAGGCCUGUGGGGCCCACUUCGCAAACAUGGCCAGGAAGCAGACCUGCCUGGACUGUAAGAAGAAUUUCUGCAUGACCUGUUCGAGCCAAGUGGGAAAUGGGCCCCGCCUCUGCCUUCUCUGCCAACGAUUCCGAGCAACAGCCUUUCAGCGGGAGGAGCUCAUGAAGAUGAAGGUGAAGGACCUGCGGGACUAUCUCAACCUCCAUGACAUCUCUACUGAAAUGUGCCGGGAAAAAGAGGAGCUGGUGCUCUUGGUGCUUGGCCAGCAGCCUGUGAUCUCCCAGGAGGGCAGGACUCGUGCCCCCACCUUUUCCCCGGACUUCCCUGAGCAGCAGGCCUUCCUGAACCAGCCUCAUGCCAGCACAAUACCUCCUACCUCACCCAACCUCCCUUCUGCACCCUCACAAGCCACUUCUGUCCCCCCCGCCCAGGCUCAGGAAAAUCAGCAGGCCAAUGGUCACGUGUCUCAGGACCAAGAAGAACCCAUCCGCCUGGAGAGCACAGCCAGGGCACCUGCUGAGGAUGAGACCCAGUCCGUCGACUCAGAGGACAGCUUCGUCCCGGGCCGGAGGGCUUCUCUGUCUGACUUGACCGACCUGGAAGACAUUGAAGGUCUCAAUGUGCGGCAGCUGAAAGAGAUCCUGGCUCGUAACUUCGUCAACUACAAGGGCUGCUGUGAGAAGUGGGAGCUGAUGGAGAGGGUGACGCGGCUGUACAAGGAUCAGAAAGGCCUCCAGCACCUGGUGUGUGGUGCCGAAGACCAAAAUGGGGGAGCAGUGCCACCCAGCCUGGAGGAGAACCUGUGCAGGAUCUGCAUGGACUCACCCAUUGACUGUGUUCUGCUGGAGUGUGGCCACAUGGUGACCUGUACCAAGUGUGGCAAGCGUAUGAACGAGUGUCCCAUCUGUCGGCAGUAUGUGGUCCGAGCCGUGCACGUCUUCCGGUCCUGAGGGCUUGGUACCGGCUUCUUCAGUGCCUUACAGGGACACAGUGCGAGGUUUCUGGGCUCAGGGUUGGCAGCUUGCAGAGGGGCAGGCUGACAAGAAAACCUGCAGUGUUCCCAAGACCAGGGCAAGCAAAGAUGCUGUCACCUCUGAGCUGCCUGUCUUGCCACGAGGUGCCCCUCCUGGCUGGCAGAGCCUGAGGCGGUGAGGACUGGUGUCGAUCGCUUGGGCAAGUCCCAUUUCAGUGAUCUUGGGUGAUGAUCACUGAUGGAGAGAGGACUUUCCAGAACUUGGUCCGUAUCUUCUCCCUUUCCUCCUGUGCCCCACCUCCUAAGCUGCUGGCUGUGUUUCACCAAUCAGAAGUCCUGGUAGAAAUGGUUCUCUUCCUCCCCAGCACAUUGGGAUUUAUUUCUGGUUUCACUAGCUUUCUCUGCUUUAACCUACCUUUGCUAAGGUUUCUUGCUACAUUGCCUAAAAUCCAUUUGUUUCCUUAGACCAAAAAGAUGUUAGCUUACUAGACCAAUAAUGAUUCUCCCUAGGACAGAAUUUGGACCAGUCAACUUCUCUCUGGUGAAAAAUGAAACACAAAUGCUAUUGAAAAACUUCCAAGUCAUUAAGAGCUGCUUGCUUCAGUGCUGGGAUUAGCUGUCUGUCUCCCAACCUGACCUUGGGAGCCAACGAAACAUCUGGUUCCCAAACUGCUGGGAAGUUCGUGUCUCUGUGAGAUGGUGCCUGGAUCAUCUCUGCUUCUCUUGAGGCCGACUUAGCACCUCCUUCAUUUUAGUUGGAGAAAAGGGAAAGUGUUGGGUGGAAUCAAAGGCUUUUUGCUUAACUUCAAUUUCUCCAACAGACCAGUUCUAAACCCUUUCCCUCUGUGAAAGAAGUCCCUCUCUUUCCCACAAGGUUUAAACAUGGUCUCACUCAAGGCAUCGAGACUUACUUAGGCAAAGAGCCUGGCUCUUCUCUAGCCAGACUUCUCAUAAGUUCCUGGGACCAAAUCUGUGAGACACAGAGCCCCUUCGAGGUAUCAGAGGCACUGAGUGAGGCUGGUUUCAGCCCUUGAGCAGAUAGCUGGAAGCCUUCGUUCCCCAGCUUGGUGGGGACUCCCUCCUCCUAUUUCCCUUCUCAGUCUACUGAUUUGGGGGUAGGUGAGGAAGAAGCAUUCUCUGGGCUCUAGGAAGGAUUGUGCAAUGAGUAGGUCGUGUUCUCGAGCCCUCUUAGGCGCUUACAGCACUGGGAGAACCAAAGGGCUAAAGAAAAGUUCGCUGGACCAGCUUGGCCAAGCACAAACAUACAUGCUCUGAGGAGCUGUGUGUGCUGCCAUUACCAAUGGAUGAUCUAUGCAAACCCUAAACACCCAAGGGCAGACACCCCUCCCCUCCCCAGUGCAGCAAAGAUAAGAACCAAUUGUAACUCUGGAGAGCAGUGGAAAACCUCUAAGAGGACCUAUUUAUUGGUACAGACAUGCUUGGCUUUCCCUCCAUCAUCAACCACUAAUCAAUCCCCUGUGGGAAAACCAAAUUUCAUCAAGUAGUUGUCAGCUAAACACUGGGCCACUUACCUUGACAUUAUACCAAGUCCUGAUGAUUUAAUUCUGGGCCAUAGCCUUUGUAGGAACUGGGGGAAUGGAGAUUUCCCUGUGAAGACAUUUUUCUGCUGGACAGUCAAUACUAUAGUUUACAAUGCCUGCCAGUUUAGCAAAGGAUUCAGCUACUCAGUUCCAUUGUGAAGCAGGUCUAUGUAUAUGCAACUCAGUUAACCUCUAGCAAUAACUUCAGGGUAGAAGCUGGUUCUCUUCCUACUUAAAACUUGCUCAGGCCUUACCUUCCCCUGCCUCCCAAUUUCCCUCCUAACAUGAGUUAAAGAUAAUAUGGUGAUGGUUUGAAACCUCAGUAAGAAUUAGAACUGAUGUCAUUUACUCAUUUUGGAGAAAGAACUUGCCUUUAAGUCUUCUAACCUCUUUUGGUGACGGUUUUCACUUAAGAAAAAUAGUGUCAAGCAACCCUGAUUUUUUCUUUUUGUUCUAUCUUAUUACACCAAAUAAAAGUUGGGAAUUCCAGGAUCCCGUUUUAGUUACUAAUGUAGGUAGAAAACUUGAUUUUUAUCCUUGAAUACUCCUUCCAGCCCCUCAUGGAUCUUUGGUCUUAAUUUUAUCAUGGAAACAUGAUUCUUCCAGUUAUUUCUUGGCUUUUGCUGUGAUUGAGAAACUUCAGUUGAGACUUUUAAAACAAGAGCUGACUGGUUCAUAAUGUUUGAAUACUUGUAUCCAAACUAGUAAGAAUAAGCUGUACAGGAAUUAGUGCUCAAUAAUAUUGUAUAAAUUUGUUGAAAUUUUUUGGAUGUGAAUGUGUUACUUCAAGUGGCUUAUAUUAAGAUUCUCUCAGACUUGGGUGUAAUACAAACCCAAAUGUGUAUUUUUUGUUACAGAUCUCUGCUUUUUAAUUUUGUAAUAAAGUUUCAUUAUAGAUGCCUGUC